CUCCCUCUGUGUGGUCAGGGGCAAUAUGGCUGACCCACAGUUCGAGCCGUUCAAGAUCUUUUUCGACCAGAUGCCUCAGCAUAUUAAGGCCCCCGUCAAUUGCUACAGUUUCGUUUUGCUGGUGAUGAUACGGUCGGCUGCUUUGUAAUGGAUAGCCCAUGAUGUGGACUUUGCCCAAACGGACGAGAUGAACAAGAUGCAGGCGGCUUGUUCGCCUCCCGAACAGGAGCGCCGCCUGCAGUCACCUGUAGCAGAUGGCGCGGACAGGGACUUGGUUGACGCCGUUAAUCACGCAUGUGCGAUGAUGAACGAGCUGUCAGCGAGCAGCCACACGGAGCGCCGGCGGAGAAGACUGCCAGCCAUCCCAGCCAACCGAAAACCGCUGGCAAAGCUGACGCAGCAGCAGCCGAACUCGUUGGCCGACGAGCUUCGGGGCGCGGAUCGCGAUGGGCCGCAGCAGUCCUCUCUGCCGCCCGAGUCCGGCCCCACCAAGCUGAUCAGGCAGGUCUCGGAUCGGCUAUACCUCGAGAUCGACACCUCCGGCGCACAGCCAAAGUCCUGCCUCAGGUUGUACGACAAAUCUCUGCUGAGUGGGGCCACAAACAGUGGAAGCCUGAGUCCGGAUGACCUGAGGUCAAGAUUGAGUCUAGACACGGGUGUCGACAGUGGUAACUCCACAGCUCACUCGCCGGACGGUGCCAAGUCCAUAUCGCCUGCAUGCAAUGGGAGCCCCCUCUCGGCAAGCAGUCCCAGCUCGACGACGACUUCGGGGGGCGGCUUGCUGCAACUGCAAGAUGCCACACACAGAGGUCUCUACCGGUUCGUGCCAAGGCAUGCAGACGAGGUGGCCAUCGACAUCGGGGACCCCGUCUAUGUCAGCAAGGAGGCAGACGACGCGUGGUGUGAAGGUGUCAACCUGAGGACCGGAGCCACAGGGAUCUUCCCAAGUGCCUAUGUGAUUGAUGCUGACUACUCAGACUUUGGCUCGGAGGGCCAGCAGAUCAGGAAGGAGCGCUACCUGCUGGACUUUCUGGGCUCAGUCGAAGUGUCCUGCCACAAAGGCAGCGAAGUCUUCUGCCAGGCGAUUCGAAAGGUUGCCAAGGCCAGUGCUUCCGAAGUCGGCGUGCACGGUUCGCAUCCGUGUGUCCUUGAAGUCACCGACCUCGGCCUUCGAAUGGUGGACCGUGGGCGACCAGCUCCAAACCAUGUGCCAACCCAUGACUACUUCUUCAACCUCAAGAAUGUCACCUUCUGUGGAUACCACCCAAAGGAUCACAAGUGAGUCGUUUAUUGUGUUCUCACAUUUGUGAUGAAAAAAGCAAAAAUUGUCCUCCACUUUGGAGUAGCGUGAAGCUACAAAGGAAACCCAUACAGUUUUCUCAGAGAGAUGGCUUCACAUUUAAAGAAAAAUGUAUUUUGGUCAGGGGACUGAUAGCGGGACCAAUGCCUUUGUGGGUGGUCGCUCUACCAUCUGAGCUAUAUUACAAUUUACAAAUGCAGUAGAACCUCAUUCAUACAUGUUGUAAAAGAAUGCGAGAAAAACAUACCAACAGGGAAAACGCACAAUCCAAAGUAAAAAAGAAAUUGACAGACGCAACU